AUGAUGCUAGAAUAAUCAGAAGGCGGAGUAGAUCAUAUAAUCUAGGAGAAUAAAGAUUUAAAAAAGGCUCUUAAGUAACUUAAGAAUACUUUAGAUAGGACUAUUGAUGAUUAUGAAACUUUAAAAAACAUUCAUGAAGACUUUAAGCAACACUAUUAAAAACUAAAAGAUGAAAAGUCAGAAUAAGUUUAAAGAAUUUAAGUUGUUAUAAAUGAAAAAAACGAUAUAGAAAAUCAUUAUGAAUAAGUAGUCAAAAACUUAAAAAACUAGAUAGAAGAAAAGUAAAGAGAAAUAGAGUAUAUUUAAGCAAAAGUUCUUCCUUCUCUAGAUCAAGAUAUGAUUAGAGUUAGGCUGUUAAAUGAGCUUGAAGCUCCUCAUAGAAUUGAGUUAGAAGCAAAGUAGCUAGAAAUAGAAAGAUUACAAGAAAAACAUUAUGAUCUAAAAAGGUAGUUGGAGUUAUUUAAAACAAAAUAUGAAGUUAUAACUGCUGAGGCGCAGAGAGAUAUACGUGAAUUAAAAGAAAAGCACAAGAUUGAAUUAAAAGAUAUGAUGCUUGAACUUUAAAUCAACUAAGAAAAGACAAUAGAAACUUAAAAAGAGAAAUAAUAGGCAAAAAUGUUUAAAAAGGAGGCAGAAGAAUUAAGAGCAUAAUUGCUAUUAAAAGAUGAAGAUAUUUUUAAUUUGAAGAAGUUAAUAGAUUAAGAGAAAUAAGAUAAAUCAGAUUAGAUUUAAAAAUUUGUUGAGGAAAUUUCAGAAUUAAAAGAACAAAUCAGAUAAUCUAAGACUGAAAAUGAGAAGUAGUAGGAUCAUAUUUCAGAUUUGGAAAACGAGAUAAAGCAUUAAUAUUAAAAAUAGUAGCAGUCACCUAACCAAAAGGGUAGUGACUUAUCUCCAAAAAGAUAUAUUGACUAUCAAGGAGGAGAGUUACAUCAACUCAGAGAUAAUGAAUACUUAAUCAAAAAUUUAUAGGCUAAAAUAUAAGAAUAAAAAUAAAAAUUUGAAGAGGAAAUAUAGAUAAAUAGACAAGCAGAAAAGAAAAUGGAAGAUUAAAUAGAUAAAUUGAGAAGAGAGAAAAGGGAUUUACAAAAUGAAUAUCAAAAAUUUAUUUCAGAAAGCUCAGACAAAUUAUCAGAUGAAAAAAGAAAGGUCUUGGAUCUUUAGAAUAAAGUUAAGGAUUUGGAUAGAGAAAAGGAUUCUUUAACAGAUUAGAUUAGAUAAUUAUAAAAUUAAUCAGGUUUCCCUAAAGAAAUUAGGAAUUUUUCAAAUAAUGCUAAAGAUUUAUCUUCUCUUAAAGAAGUAGAAUCUCUUACUAGAAAGAAUAAAUAGCUCAAGGAAAAAUUAAAAGAGGCAAAUUAGAAAAUUAUGAAACUGCUUAGUGAAAAGAUUUUAGAAAAAAAGAGGGAUUAAGAUAUUUAAAUAAUGAACUAGCAUAACACUUAGUUAAGUGGUUUAAUUAAUCAAUACAAUACAUAAGGCAAUGUAGGUACUUUAGGUAGUCUUAAUUAAAAUUUAAGAAGUUAAGCACUAAAUUACUCUGCUCCUAACAUUUAGCCUAAUAAUAGUUACCAAGGUAUACAAACAAAUAACUACAAUACUUAGGGAGCUAUCUAAAAUACUGGAAAUUUUUAUACUGUUGCAGAUGUUAUAAAAACAGAUCUUGACCACCAUAGAGAUCGUUUAAAUCAUGUAAAGAAUCACAUAGAAGAUAUGAAUAGAAUAUCAAAUCAGCAAUUUUAUAAGCCAUACUGA